AAGGGUCUGGGAGGAUGGCAUGUCGAUGUUAUGUCUGCAAUCCUGUGUGACACAUGAAGAACUGGGAACUGAAGUCAGUCUGUCAAAAGGUGCAACAGACCUGGCGUCAUUCAAUGCACAGAAAGCAGCAGGCAUGGCAGAGGGGGAAGGCAUGCUGCAGGCUGCAAAGGAAGCCCAAGAUGGAGAUGAUCCCCCCAAAGGAGAUUUCCCUGUUCAGAAAAAGUCCCCGAAACUCUGUGGCUCCAACUACCCCCUAAGCAUUGCCUUCAUCGUGGUGAACGAGUUCUGCGAGCGUUUCUCCUACUAUGGCAUGAGAGCUGUCCUGACACUGUAUUUCUUAAGCUUCUUCCACUGGGAUGAGAAUCUCUCCACUGCUGUGUACCAUGCCUUUUCCGCGCUAUGCUAUUUCACACCUGUCAUUGGAGCCAUCAUGGCAGACUCAUGGCUGGGGAAAUACAAGACGAUCAUCUACCUGUCCAUUGUGUAUGUGGUUGGCCAUCUGAUAAAGUCAGUCGGUGCAAUUCCAUCCCUAGGCAACCAGGUGGUUCACGUGAUCCUGUCUAUGGUUGGUCUGUUUUUGAUCGCCCUUGGAACGGGAGGUAUCAAGCCCUGUGUCUCUGCAUUUGGUGGGGACCAGUUUGAAGAGGAGCAUACCUCGGAGAGAAGCAAGUUUUUUUCCAUCUUCUAUUUAUCCAUUAAUGCUGGAAGUUUGAUCUCCACGUUUGUAACUCCUGUAUUAAGAGGGGAUGUGAAAUGUUUUGGAGAGGAUUGUUAUGCACUGGCUUUUGGUGUCCCAGCAGCUCUGAUGGUGUUGGCGCUUGUUGUGUUCAUUGCUGGAAGUGGACUGUACAGAAAAACACCACCACAAGGGAACGUCUUACUGGAAGUGUGCAAAUGCAUUGGCUUUGCUAUUAAAAACCGGCUGAAAAACCGCUCCCGUCAGAUUCCGAAGAGAGAUCACUGGCUGGACUGGGCGUCAGAAAAAUACUCGAAACAGCUGAUUGGGGAGGUUAAAAUGGUGACGCGUGUUCUCUUCCUCUUCAUACCACUGCCAAUGUUCUGGGCCCUGUUUGAUCAGCAGGGAUCCAGGUGGACUUUGCAAGCCACAAAAAUGAACGCUGAUUUUGGAAUAUAUGUCCUUCAGCCUGACCAAAUGCAGUUCUUAAAUCCACUUCUUAUUCUUGUCUUCAUCCCAAUUUUUGACCUUGGGCUCUACCCCCUGAUAAACAUGUGCAAAUUUAAUUUCACACCUAUUAGGAAAAUGGCAACAGGUAUGAUCCUUGCAGGGAUGGCGUUUGGACUUGCAGCUGUUGUAGAACUCAAAAUAAAUGAAACCGAUAUGCCUCAGCUUGUCCCAGAAGAAAGUUUAAUUCGGGUCCUGAAUUUGGCAAAGAACCCUGUUCAAGUGACAAUCCAAGACCGGGACCUAUUUCAGCAGCCCGUGGAGGCUUUUCAGAACCCAGCUGAGUACUCAAAAUUAAUAUUGAAUGGAGAGCAACAGAGCCUUCGCUUCACCCUGCAACAUCAAGGAUUGUCUCUUGCUUUUAACUACACUGUGAAGGAAAAAUCAGUAUACAGCUUAAUUGUUUUUGAGGCAGAAGGAAGCCUAUCAAGCCGCUUAAUUACAGACUUGGAAGCAAAGCCAGAAAACGGUUUGGCAGCUGUUAGAUUCAUUAAUGGUUUGAGCCAAGAUGUCAACCUCAGCAUUGACAGCAAACGGUUCAUUGCUGUUCAGAAAAACUACAGCGCUUCUGAGUACUCACUGCUAGAGAGGGACAAAUAUAAUAAUGGAAAAUGCAUAACUGAAAUGGGAGAAUUCACCCUGGAGCUAGGGCUGCUCGACUUCGGUGCGUCAUACACCAUUGUGAUAACUAACGUUUCUGGAGGUGAUGUUAAGACAUGGAAGUCAGAAGACAUCAAAGCCAACAAUGUCCAUAUGGCUUGGCAGUUACCACAAUACUUAUUAAUAUCUGCUGGGGAGGUGAUGUUCUCCAUUACAGGUCUGGCCUUCUCCUAUUCUCAGUGGGCUGAAUUUGUCUUGUUCACUGUUCUCCUCUUUGCUGUGUGCGUUAUUUUCUCCAUCAUGGGAUAUUUCUAUGUCAGUGUGGAUCCAGAGGACCUAGAAGAAAAGGAAGAGAAGAGAGAGACCUCAAGCAGAGGAAACAUGAUUAGUCUCGUUACUCAGAAAACAAAGCUCUAACACAUGGGUUGGGAUUUUUUUUUUUUUAAACACAGUAGAUGGGAGGGUAAAAGAAGGGUGGGGACAAUGUUAUUAUAUUUUAUAGCAUUGCAGUCUUUUUUACUCAAAAUGUAGCCACCUUCUAAAUGGGACCAAAUAGCCCUCUAUAUAAACAAUAGGGGUCCUGAAAUCAGAGCAAAACUCCCUGGGAAAGCUCCCCUGGUAUUAAAAGCCCUUAUAAGUAAAUACAGUGUAAUUUAAAACCUGCCCAUCAUUUUAAGCAUGGAAUGCUUUCCUAUGAUUUUGUUUUAAACAUAUAUUUAGGGCAGCAGGGAGGAAGGGUGGAAGGAAUGCUGUAUGACAGCAAAAUUUGGAGAUGUUGGAAGAAAAAAAUGAAAACCCAGUAUAGGAAUUAGGGAAGAAUAGAUGUUACUGACAGAAUUUUUAAUGCUAUCAUCAAGGACUGGAAGUGUUACACAGAAUCCCAAAGGAUUUCAUCAUGUAACUCUCCUUAUGAGUAUUUCACCCUAUUAUUGCAUGUUAUGAAUGGUCCUGAUUUAUGACUUUCACCUCCAGGCUCAGAAGUAAUAACAGGGAAUUAAAUUCUGCAGGCUAAAAUAUUCCCAAAACACUACUGAAGAAGAUAUGCAUGCUACCAUCUCUCUGAUACCCAUUUUUCCUAGAAGUUUUUAGCAACUGAUGGUGUUCUUUGAUUAGACAUGAUUAAAGAAUUGGUUUACACUUUCUUAUUUCAGAAAUCCAGGCAGUUAUUUGCCAUCUUCCUAUAUAUUAAGCCUUUAUUGGGCAUUUCCUUUUACAGCACCUGCCACUGCAAGUUAGGAUAUGGCUGAUUUCUUAUCUCAUGCUUCAAUUAUUCCCCACUGGGAGACAUGUUGCAGCAGUUUCUAUAAAAUUCCAGGCAUCCUGCAGUGAGUUAAACAAGGAUGCACUUUAUCAUUUUUUUCAGUCUGCAAGAGGAUACCAUGGCAUAGGAGAUUUUUCUUUUUCCUCCCUGUUUUGUGUCUCUCUACCAAACUUUGGAUAUAGCUAUUUUAUCGGAAUUGUGAUAUAAUUGUCUGAUUUUCCCUGCUUGCGUGAAGCUGUGAUUUCAUGUUCUGCAUAGAAGUAAUUCAACCAUUGCUGAUCUAGUAAAACUCUUGAGAGAGUCCCUGCGUUCCUCUGUUGCUCCAAGGCUGCAGUUGUAACAGGUAUGGCCUAAUUUACCACAAGGUUGUCAAUAGGAUCUUCAGGUUCACAGAGAACAGAUUCUAAAUGAUGCUUUCCUCUUCCAUCUUGGCAUUGGCCAUAGGUGGUCGCUGAUGCUUUGAUUCAGGAGAUCAUGAAAUACAUGUUUAAUUUAAUUCCUGUUCAGGACAGUGCUAGGGAAUACGUUUAGCUUGACACCUCUGCUACUUUAAUGUGCUGCCUUGUGUGUGUGUGUCUUUUUGAGUAAGAGUGAGAAAACCCCACUUUUUGGUUUAUAACUGGAAGAAUCAUAGCCUCAGAUUGUUUCCUUUGCUUCCUGUUGUAAAUGGUCACGAAAUUCCAUCGCUAGUUCUGCAUAAGCUCCUGCCUGCUGUGAAAUAGCAUCUGGGUCUUGUGCCAGAGGGGGACCAUGGCCUCACGUAAGUGACAACAGGCUGCGGGUGUGCACACAGAAACACUUAAUGUGGUUCAGUCAAUGCAGAGCCAUUUAUUAAGCUGUGGUGGCUGGAUCCAGACAGCUGAACCCUGCGACUCAGCAGGGAAUGAAGGGCAUUGAAAGCCAUCUAUUAGGUCAUCCAACCUGCUCCUCAGACGCCAAGUGAGGAUUAUUCCCUCUGCUCCUUUCUGGUAUUGUUCUCCUGCCGCAAUUCUUUGUGUGGGUUCUUUCUCCUCCAGGCAUUGUUGUUUUCCUAAUCCUGUUUUAUGAUACACUGUGAAUGAGCUCAGAGGCUGCUGAAUCAUUCUGCUAUGAUGCUGUUUGACCAGCUUCCAAUUUGAAGCACUAAUAGAAAGCAUUUCUUCCUCCCCCCCCCCGCAAACAAAACAAAAAUCCCCAAACUGAAGGAAUGGACAGGCUCCAGUAGCACUGAACAAACACAAUUUAGAAUUAUUGGAGCAUUUAAUUUUUUAUAAGCCUUGAAUUUGGAAGUGUGUUGGGCUUCGAGGGCAUAUGUGGUGAAGAGACAAUUGAAAAUUAUUGGAGCACUUUCCUUGGGAAGCACUUGGUACAUCGCAGCUCAAAGUGGUAUAAGGGAAAGCAAGGUGUCCAGAGGACACAAUCUUUAAGACUACAUAUGCUCAAGAACCUUUUGAUUUUUAUGUUUUAUUUCCUUACUGGCGGCACUACCAGAAGCUGUCACACACUCUGAGCUUAAUUUAAAGGAAUCAUUCCAAACUCAUAAAAGCUACAUUUAGGAUGUCAUCUGUAUCUGCUUUUUAAACUCCUGAUGCCAAAUUGUCCCUUUCCAAACAUCUCCAUGUUCCAAACCAUCACCAUAAUGCUGGGGGGAGAAAAAUUGCAAUUCACAGUUGGGAAGGUUAUGAACAGGAAGGCAAUGCUAUAAAUGAAGUGCUAACAUGAGGCUGGGGGCUGCUCCUGCGGCCCCUCCGGGGAAUUGCUUGCCCGAGGGAGUGUAAGGCUCUGUUCACAUUUCUCUUCCAGCUGACACAGUUACUUCUUCCCACUCGCUCGUCAUCACCUAUUGGAAGUUUUGUCCUCCUCCGAUCUGCCUGCUUGGUUGCUGGUAUGAUCCUUCCCCACCGUUUCAGCUGCAGUUGUAAAGCUUUGCUAAUUGGACCCGUUUAUUUGAAAUGCACCAGCAGUUUGGAGGGAUUUCCACUGGGCAUGCUGACAACCAGCCAGGAGCAGGCUGGGGGCUGUAAUGAAGAGCCGCCCCUGCUGUAGCUGGAGAAGGUGGCAAAAUAGCACAUUCAGCAUAGCACUUCUCCAAUUUUAGAGCCACAACUGCAUCCUCAGAGCCCUUUCAUCACCUUCAAAUGCACUCAAGACUGGAUCAAAGAUUUAGGACCUGAUUCUGUGGAGUAUUGAGGUCUCUGGGUUUUCUUCCAUACAGUCAGCUCAGAGAUGGGGCCAUGCACAGCUCUUAACACCCAAUUUUAGAACAAUAUUCCUUAUUCUUCCCGAUUCUUUAAUUUAGGAUCAGAGGGAGAAGCCAAAAUAGUGAUAGUAUAUGUAAAGUUAUGUACACCUCUGUAGAGAAAUAGCAGCCUGCUGCCUGUCCAGCUUUGUCUGUCACUGAAGGGAGUCUCAGCUGUUGGUGGAGUUUGCCCUGGAGCAGAUUAGGGAAAGCUCACACCAGCCGUUUUGGAGGCUGACCUACAGAAAUUAUCAUCUCCAGCUAAGGGACGGUAAUGAGCUGGUGGGGGUCUAUAAGUAUGUUGCUGCACAAGCCUUCAUGGAGAUUGCAGGGGUUUGGCUUCACUGUGGAAGUAUGUGUAUUUAUCUGUUUUUCUGAAGGAUGCUUUCUGAUAAAGAUUUUUUGUGCAGCAAAUUUCCCUUCACUUGCACUGGCUGUUACUCAACACAUUUUUCCCCUUAGCAGGGUGUAAGCGUGGCUAGUUUUAUUUCCAGCUUUGCAUGAGAUAAGCAUGAAAACGAGAUUUCAAACUCAGCAAAACAACUUACUGGCUGUGGGUUCCUUAAAUUUACCUCUUCUUUCUGAGGCAGUUGAACACCUUUAGGUAGCAAGCUGCUCUGUGCAGCUGAAAGGGCUUGCAUCUCUCUUUUCUUCCCUUUCCCUUUCCCCACAGCCCCACAAUUCCAGAAGAUGAGUUUUGGAGGAUUCCAGAAGAUAAGCCCUGGGAGGGCUGCGUGGGACUGGCUCGGAUGCAGCUGGUGUGUGCUGUCAGCGCUGGCUGGGAGGCAGGAGCCUGGCCAGACACAGGAGCUGGUUCCUUUCUAGAGACCUAAAAGGGGCUGGGCAAGGUAGCCUGGGGCAGGUCUUGCCCUGGUGGAAGACGUAGUUUUCCUGAGCAGUGAUCUGGAUGUGAGUUCUACUGUGAAAGUGAAAUGGGGGCGAGUGAAAGGAAAAGUUUUCACUGCCCUUGGCUUUGGCCUGAGGCACUGUGCAAGGAGGCUGGAGACUGACAGGCAGGGAGGAAAGAAAGGGCUAUUUGGUCAAGAUCUUCCCAACUCCUCAAUGAACAGCUGGAAUUCCUCACAUGGAGUUAAUUGGAGAGAAAAUGAGAUGGGACAAGUGCAAAGCUCAGAUGAUUAAAUAGUGGAUGACUUCAGACCUUUCAGAAAAGCACUCUCCUAACUGGUGGUGAAGGGCCAUCAGGGGAGUUAGUCACCCAUGGCUUGAAAACUGGUUCAUCAUUCCAGAGUACUGCAAAAACCGGCAUACAGACCUGCGUCGGGGGGCCUGCAGUGACAGGAGGAGGAGGUGGCUGUGCUCCUGGCGAUGCCCCCGCCACCCAUGGUAGCCACCACCUUGGCUUCUCCUUGGGACAGAAAAAAACAGCUGAAGGUGCAUUACAGAUGGGAGUAGCACAGGAGGGAGAGCUACAGUUAGCGGUGGUUAAUGGGCAGUUUUAGCCAGGGUCAUACACAGAGGAAUAAUCUCUUCUCUCUGUGUUGAAUUUGUUUGCCUAGCUACAAGAAACACUUUCUAGCACCAACAGCUUAAACCUGGGAGUUCAGCUCCAUGGCAGAUACCACAGCUGCUGAAUUUUGGAUGGUACCAGACUCUGCAUUUCAUUAUCGCUACAUUUGUUAUUGUGAUAAAAUUUUAAAACAGCAUUUAAGAGAUGUUUCUGGUCCCAGAUGUUGACAGAUCUGGCCAGGGUUUUGCAUGUUGAUAGCUGGAUUUACGCUAGUCUUUCAUGUUAACAUGUGCGAUAAACCUGUCAUACAAGUAGAUGUUGUGGGGCCUUUGGAUUUUCCACAGCAAUUUAGAAAAAAAACAAAAUUCCCAGCGAAGCUGGCUAAGCAUGAACUUUGGCGUUGCUUCCUUGUCGGAGCUGCCCACGUGCUUUGUAAAGCAGGGACCUUCAUUCAUCCCUUGCAGAGUGCUUCCCAGAAAGACAAAAAUGGGGGACAUUAUUAUACAUUUUGGCUUGAGAAGGGCUCAUGCUGCAAUACAGAAAUUGCGUGAAGGAAGAUAAUUACUUUGCUUAAAACCCCUCUUUUCCUCACCAUCUCAGGUGGUGCACAAGGAACGAAACAAGUUAUUUCUUAGUGAGCUUUGAAUCAAGGAGCUGCUGCAUCUUCUCAAGGUCUUUCCAUGCUGUGUUUUAUCAGCAGAUCAACAUUAACCUGCCUCUAGUACCUGUAGAUCAGAAGAUUGCCAGGUUGCAGAGCAGCCACACUGCAGGCUCCCGCUGUCAGCUGAUCAACUCUGAUCUCUUCAUUUUUAAUGAAUCAUUUCAGCAGUGAUCCUGCAGGGCUCAGUCAGAAUUGGUCUAAAUUUAGGCCAAAACUAAGGACCUGAGAGAACUGUAAUCAACAAGAUAAAUAGCAAAACUCUCAAAAAACCUGCUAAAACACUGGUUUAGUGCUUAAUUAAAAUUUUAGUAUGCUUACAGAAAGUCAAAACCUAAACCAGAAUGUAGCAAUUCAGUCAGAGCAAUGAGGAGCUGCAGUUGGAAUCCAGCAGCGUGGCAACUGGCAGCCAAGCUGAAGACACAAAAAUUAAGCAAACAUCACUUUUUAGAUUAUUUUUUGUCAUUGCAUAUGUUGUUCAGUCUGCUUGGCCUGUCCUGUUCAAUCUACCCAUGUGUGUAAGGAAAAGAAGCUGAACUGACUUGUGGAAGACACGUCCCCUUCCCAAGCUGCAGCUCGGUUUUCGUCUUGUUGCAGACUCCCAAGUUAGCUCCAAAUGACUCCCUUUGCUAGCUGUCAGCCCCCUCAGUCCCACAUGCUGGUCCUCCCUCCCCAGAAGUCACUCAGACUUCUCCCCUGUGACUUUGCCAGCCCUCAGCACCUUGCUUAUUCCUCCUCGCAUGCAGCCUCUCUGCUGCCAGCAACAGUGUGUCUUCUUGGGGGUUGUCCUGGGUAAUGCUGCCCACUUUCCUGCAGCUAGAAAAGCUUCUCACCCACAGGACUACCAUGUCUGGGCAGAAAUCACACAGAGCCAAAUAUCUGGGUGGUAACAGGGCAUCUGUUCUGUCUUGCUUUGGCUCUGGCUUCUUGUCACAGCCUCAUAUGGCUCAAUGCAUCUUCUGUAGGCAAAUCAGCUCAGAAGCACUGGAGUAACCCAGCAUCUCCAUGUGUCCCUCCGGUCUAUCCUGUGCCCAGUUAGCUGCCCACAGUUAGCCCUUGUGUUAUGCCAUGUCAAGCUGCAGGGACUUUGGGGCCACAACACUACUGUUGCCAGUCAUGGAGAGUCCAUUUGUGCUGCCUGUGGCCCCAGCCUGCUUUAGCUGGCCUUUGUUUAUGCAUUAUUUAUGGUCAGGCUGCUCCUUCCAGCCUCCCACUUGUGCUGGAGGCUCUGGAGCCCUCCCCUGCCAGUCACUCUGCGGGUCUUCCUCUUGUAGAGAAGUAGGAGAAAGCCACUCAGGUUGUGUUCAUCACAGCACUAGUGUGUGGUCGGUGGGCUGCAUCUGCAACCACAGAUCUCCCAUCAGUGUGGACACGGCAGCCAGUGAAAUGGGGCCAGCUCCUCUGCCAGCAGUGCCAGCACAGGGACUGCUGGUGUCGGUGGCACUGGGUCUGUGGCCUUCCCAGGCUUGACUGGGAUAUUUUAAAAGCCUGAGUCAAUGUUUUGCUGGGAGACCUGUGUUAUUACUGUGGUGCUGCCAGGCUUCAGCUUCUGAAUCUGCUGGGCAAGGAGCAGAGCUGCUCCUCCCGACCCAGGGACCUGUGCCACUGCUGCUUGCCCAUGGCAGGGCACUUUCUGCUCCUUUUUCAUCUACGUGCCCAGCCCCAGUGACCACGUCUUGGGUAACUGGCAUUUCCCAGACCUUGCUGUGUUAUGUGCCCACCCACAAGGGAAGUUUAUUCAAGUGGAAGUGAAUUUGGUUGCUUUGAGCUCUGACUCUACCCAGAUUUGCUUGGACCUGCUUGGAGCUUUUGUUCGGGCUCUUUCUCUGUUUAACCUGUGCAUCAAAAUGCUCUCCAAGUAGGCCUUCAUGCUGUCCUCACCAAAGACAGAAACCUCUCAAAGGCGCUAUGCCAAUAUGGAUUUUUCCUGCCCAAGUUAGAGGUGAAACAGGCCAGCAGGAAUUCAGCAGGCACCAGGAGCUGCUGCUGUUCAAAAAGGCGAGCUGCUGUCAAUCACAGCGGCUCCCCACAUGUGAGGCCAUGCAGUCCAGCUCUUGCUGUGCCCUGAGCUCAGCAGAGGCCAGUGGAUGCUCAGAUGCCUCUCUGGGGGCUGCAGCUCCCAGGUCCCAGCACUGGCCAGCCCACCUGUGUGCCAUUCAUGGUCUGUCAGCGCCAGCUUUCCUUCCUGACACUAUACAGUCCAAAAUGUGCCGAGCAAAGAAAGUUCCCUCUUCCCAUAGAGUGUAUUUAAUUUGCUUUUUCUCCCUCCCUUCUCAUUCACAGCCAAUGUCAUUAGCUGCCUUGUUAUUUCAGGGCUGGCCAAGGGGGCUGCGCAGUCUCCCCAUCUCAUCACUGCCUUGGGGUAAGGGGAGGUCAGGGAUUUCUCACCCUGCCCACCCACAAGCACCUUCCUGGAAGCUCUCCUCAAAUUCAGGUCCCCCACUCCUCCAAAGAGCACAUCGCUCAUGAGACCAAGGAUUUGACAUGUUUUUAACCAGCCAGUCCCUUUGUGGGGAUUAGCCAGCCUGGGUAAUGUUUGCAUUUCACCCUUUGCUGUCUGCUGGCUGUGGCUUUACUUUUGGAGCUAAUGGCACAGUUUUUCUUUCCCUUUUCCCCCCAAAGGUUGUCCUUAGCACCUGCACUCUCUGCAUAAAAUAAAUAAAUGGCCUUGCCUGUUUGCAGGCAGAUGGUCCAUCCAUCUUCUACCGAAACUUUGAUAGUGCCAUGAAGAAUCCCUCUGCACUAACGGUGCCAGUACAGUCCUUUACAUCUCUACUGGAGGACUUAGGCCCUUCUUUGUGCCAUCCUUUUGUACAUGCUGGUUAAAACCAAAGGGCUUGUGCUUCAUUUCUCACAGCCUGCAGCACUCCUCAAGCUUCUGUAAUGCAGGCUCUGAGUUCCCUCUUCUGUAUGAGUUGAAAACUAUUAAAAGCCAUUCAGUCCUUCAGAA